GAGCGCCGCCGCCCCCUCUGACCAGGGACAGCCGGUUCCGGGCCGCGCUCCCUCCCCGCCGGGGCGCCCUCCCCUCCGGGGGUCCCGGUCCCCAAGGUGGUCGCGGCUACGGCGUUCUCAGGCCAGGCCGCGGGGGGAGGGGGCGGCCUGGAGGCCGUGGCGGGGUCAGCACGGGCCACCGAAAGCAGGGCCAUGGAGCCCAGGGAGUCGGGGAAGGUAGGCCUGGAAGGGCCCUGGGGCCGCCCACUCCCCUCCCGUAGAUCCCUGAUCUGGGCGAGGCGGGCGGUACGGGCGGAGUCCUCGCAGAUGAGCCAGCCUUGCAGGGAAGGACUCGCCCGCUCGCCCGCUUCUUCCUCUGCACUUCGGCGGCCGACUCCGGGCGAGUCCCGCGCAGCCUUCCGCUCCCUCCCCACGCGGCUGGCCUAGCAGCCCUCCGCCGAGCCCGCCCGGUUGACGCUGGGUGGGUGACCCGCUCAGUGUAGUAGUGCGAAAGUGCUUCCUAUUUUCCCACACCACCACUGGCGUUUGGAAGAGGCCCAGCGUGUUUUAAGGCCUUGAGGCUGGAUCGGACCCCACUGGGAGCCAGGCAUAGGGAUCACCGAGAGGCAGGAUGAGGGCUUGGCCCUGCCUGGAUCCCCCUUCCCAAGAAAGGGCUGAGAAGAAAAAGACAAGGCAUCUGGCACAUUUCUUGCCGAUUUCUGUUUCUAGCUUAUCUACUUCGUGGAGUUUUUGAGUAUUGCUUAGAAGCAUAUUUCAUAAACUUGCUUCAGGCUUUGAGCAAGAGGCUGUGAAUUGGAAGAAAAGGUGGGGAAAAGUGCUUGAAGGUAGAGUUAAGUGGGUUUGACAGGAUUGCUAGAGCUCGGAGUCAGUGUCAGCAAAGACGAGCGUGGUCGCACGCACUUGAUUCGGAGACAUUGGCAGCCUUUGGGGACCGAGAUCUUUCUGGAUAUUAUUUGAUACCAGUUCUUGAGGAUUGUUUCUUCUUUGGCACAAAGGGAACCUCCUCAACAAACUUUUCGAGUGCAUACUGAGUCUCUCCUUUAAAAAAAAUUGCUCAUUUAAUAAACAUUUGUGAUCCGUGAUUUAAGUUGAUGGAAAUGCUGGAAGUACAUAUGAAAUGACUACUUUCCUCCAGGAGCUUUCCCGCAGUUUUCACUUCAAUAACAUGGACAAGCCUGGAAGGGUUGUCCAACAGACAAAGACAGAAAAGAUAGUGAGGUUAUUUUGAUGCUGUACUUUUUCCUGGAAAGACUGGGAAGGACUCUGAAUUACAAAAGAAGUUACUCCUUGCUUAAUCAUCUCUUCCGUACUCCAUCCUCUCCACAAGUUACCGUGAUGCAUUUUCCAGAUGAAACAACCUAUAAACAGUCCAAGACAAUAAAGCUCAACAGAACGUAACCAGAGAAAGAUUGAAGGUGAACUGCAUGCCAGCCUCAUGCUAAGCACUUUAGGGGAUACCAGAAAAGUAAAGGAAAUGGCUCACACCCUCAGGCUCCUGUGACGUUUGAUGACAUCACGGUGUAUUUGCUUCAGGAGGAGUGGAUGCUGCUGAGUCAGCAACAGAAGAUCUGUGGUUCUGAUGAGCUGGCGGCACCCCUGGGACCAACUAUUGCCACCCCAGAGCUGUUCUAUAAAUUUGAGCAAGGGCCAGAGCAGUGGCUAGCCAAUGUCCAGGGCCAGAGGAGUCUCUUGAGCCUCCACCGAGGAAAAAACAAGAUGGGCUUCAUGGAAGAAAUGGACAUGCAAAGUCCCGCCAGAGAAGCUGGACUCUACCUGCCUCCUCAGAAGAAAGCCUGUCCUUCGCAUUUCAGCUCAGAGGGUGGCAGCCUCCAGGAAGACUGCACAGGAAGAAGCAGAAAACCAUUGAGACCCCGGUCCAUCCAGAAGGCAUGGUUUGCGCAGUUCCCAUGGUUGGUCAUGAACGAGGAGCGGACGGCUCUCUUUUGCUCGGCUUGCCGGGAGUACCCAUCCGUCAGAGACAAACGGUCAAGGUUAAUAGAAGGUUACACAGGACCAUUCAAGGUGGAGACUCUCCAAUACCACGCCAAGAGCAAGGCCCACGCGCUCUGUGCCAAGGCCUUGGCAGCUCGGGACCCCAGCUGGGCAGCCCGUUUCCGGAGCAUCCACGACGUGUCCAGAGAGGUGCUGUCCAGUCCGGGACACCUUUUCACUGCAGAUUACCCCAUAUGUUACCCCCCAGGGCCUCAGGGGAUCUAUGAUAACAUGGUCCAGCUGCUGCCCAGCUCGAGAGCUGCACUGGAGGACCCUGGAGGGCGUGGAGCAAUUCCUGCAUUGUACCUAGACUGCAUUCCUGAUUUCAGGCAAAAAGAAAUUGCUGAUGACAUCCGCAGCUCCUCAGACGUUAACAUUUUGUGUAAUGACUCACCUGAACCCCGUGGCCAGGAUCCUUCUGAAGAGGGGCUGUUUGAGGAGGUUCCCGUGGUGUUUGAGGAUGUGGCGGUGUAUUUCACCCGGGAGGAGUGGGGCACGCUAGACAAGCGGCAGAAGGAGCUGUACAGAGACGUGAUGCGGAUGAAUUAUGAGCUGUUGGCAUCCCUGGGGCCUGCUGCUGCCAAACCAGCCUUGAUCUCAAAACUGGAGCGGAGAGCUGCACCCUGGACCAAGGACCUGAAUGGGCCAAGGUGGGGGAAAGGCCGUCCUCCAGGGAAGAAGACGACGGUGGCCAUCAGAGAGGCACACACACAGGCCUCGGCUGAAGAAUCUGCACUGCUCCCAGCUCCUGCCAUGGAGACGUGCACCUCCUACUGCAAUCCCAGCCUUUGUGAAGUAGAAGCAGAUGGACGGAGGAAAAUCAAGAGGACUUACAGACCCCGCUCAAUUCAGAGGUCGUGGUUUGGGCAGUUCCCAUGGUUAGUAAUUGACCCCAAAGAGACCAAGCUCUUCUGCUCAGCUUGCAAAGAAAGACCUAGUCUCCACGACAGAUCAUCCCGGUUAGUCCGAGGUUACACGGGUCCUUUUAAAGUGGAGACUUUAAAGUACCAUGAAGUCAGCAAAGCACACAAGCUCUGUGUCAACACCCUGGAAGUCAAGGAAGACACCCCGCAGGCCGCCCUCGUCCCCGAGAUCUCCAGUGACCUGAUGGCCGACAUGGAGCACUUUUUCAAUGCCGCCUAUUCCAUCGCGUACCACUCGAGGCCCCUGAACGACUUUGAGAAGAUCCUGCAACUCCUCCAAAGCACUGGGACCGUGAUUUUGGGCAAGUACCGAAAUCGCACCGCCUGCACUCAGUUCAUCAGAUACAUCUCCGAGACUCUGAAGAAGGAGAUCCUUGAGGAUGUCCGGAACUCCCCGUGUGUGAGCGUGUUGCUGGACAGCGCCACAGACACCUCCGACCAGUCCUGUGUGGGCAUUUACAUCCGCUACUUCAAGGGGAUGGAGGUGAAGGAGUCUUACAUCACUCUGGCCCCACUCUACAGCGAGACGGUGGAUGGAUACUUUGAGACCAUCAUCUCUGCCCUGGACGAACUGGACAUCCCCUUCCGGAAGCCUGGCUGGGUAGUGGGCCUGGGAACCGAUGGCUCAACCAUGCUGAGCUGCAGAGGAGGUCUGGUGGAGAAGCUCCAGGAGAUCGUCCCCCAGCUGCUGCCGGUGCAUUGUGUGGCCCACCGGCUACACCUGGCCGUGGUUGACGCCUGUGGAUGCAUCGACCUGGUCAAGAAGUGUGACCGGCACAUCCGAACCGUCUUCAAGUUCUAUCAGUCCUCGAACAAAAGGCUGAAUGAGCUGCAGGAAGGCGCGGCCCCACUGGAGCAGGAAAUCAUCCGCCUGAAGGACCUGAACGCUGUCAGGUGGGUGGCCAGCAAGAGGCGCACGCUGAGUGCGCUCAUCGUGAGCUGGCCCGCCCUGGCCAGGCACCUGCAGAGCGUGGCGGAAGCAGGUGGCCAGGUCGGGCACAGGGCCAAGGGCGUGCUGAAGCUGAUGAAGGGCUUCCAUUUCGUCAAGUUCUGCCACUUCCUCUUGGACUUCCUGAGCAUCUACAGGCCUUUGUCCGAAGUGUGCCAGAAGGAGAUCGUGCUGAUUACGGAGGUGAACUCCACGCUGGGCCGGGCCUAUGUAGCACUGGAGACCCUCCGUCACCAGGCAGGACCCAAAGAGGAAGAGUUCAAUGCCGGCUUCAGGGAUGGGCAGCUCCACGGCAUCUUCUUGGACAGAAUGGAGAUGGCAGAACAGCGGUUCCAGGCGGACAGGGAGAGAAUGAUCCUGACUGGGAUUGAAUACCUCCAGCAAAGGUUUGACGUGGACCGUCCCCCUCAGCUCAAGAACAUGGAGGUGUUUGACGCCAUGGCCUGGCCAAGUGGGAUGGAACUGGCCGGUUUUGGGAAUGAUGAUAUUCUUGCCCUGGCCAGAUAUUUUGAACUCUCACUGCCCCCAGGAUACAGCGAGGAAGCACUGCUGGAGGAGUGGCUGGGCCUGAAAGCCAUCGCCAAGAACUUGCCAUUCUCCAUGCUGUGCAGGAACGCCCUGGCCCAGGACUGCCGCUUCCCCUUGCUCAGCAGGCUCGUGGCAGUGGUGGUCUGUGUGCCCGUCUCCACCUCCUGCUGUGAGCGCGGGUUCAGUGCCAUGAACCGGAUCAGGACCGAUGAGAGGACCAAGCUCUCCAACGAGGUGAUCAACAUGCUCAUGAUGACAGCGGUGAAUGGUGUGGCCGUCACAGAGUACAACCCCCAGCCCGCCAUCCAGCACUGGUACCUGACCUCCUCAGGUCGGCGCUUCAGCCACGUCUACGCCUGUGCCCAAGUGCCACCCCGCUCCCACACAAGGGCGGGGCUCAGGAAGGAGAAGAUGGGAGCGCUCCGUGUGGAGGAGGCCGUGACCCAGAAGCCGCCCAUCCCGUCCUACAGGGAACCCAUGGAGGUCCUGACGGACUGCGUCCUAGAGCCACGCCACGGACUCCUGUGUCCCCACCCCAGCCAAGAGGCCCUGGGCUGUCCUGAUAAAGCGCUCCUUGGCAGUAGAGAAGCCAAGUGCCUGCUGGUGCCCCAGCUGCCACAGGACUGAUGGAUGACAGCGCCGCCAGCUCUGAAAGACGGCCCUCAGGCUGCAGAGUGGACUUGGCUGCCUUCAGCCCUUGUCCUUGUCCCUUGCCACCCAAGUCCUUAUUACGGGAAGAGGUGCUCUCUCAACAUGCCCUCAGCAUAAUGGUCUCGUCCACUCUUCCCAAAGUUGCUCUGGGGACCAGCUUGGGAAUCACUAGGGGUGUCUGUUUAAAUCUGUUUCACCCCAGACCCACCUGAUCAGAUCCCCGGGACUGUUUCCAGCAAGGCCCUCCAGGAACUUUGUGGGCUUACUCAAGCAUGAGAACCACCACCCUGGCGGCACAGAAGGGUGUCCCACGCUAUUUGGCUCCCGUUGCCCUCCCCGCAUCAGCCCAUCUCCUCUUCCACCCGGAAGUAAAGCACUUUUCCUUCCAGGGCAGCUGCUUUGGGCAGGUUCCUAGGCUGCUCCUCCGGCUGAGGAUGAUGUAGUGUCUGGGUCCCGCCUUCCUAACCACAGGUGGGAAACGAGGGCAGGUUAGAGGGAAGGGCUUCUUUGCCGCUGCCUUUCUCUUGUUUUAGACGGGCAGGAAGUAGUGCUCCGUCCUGGCCAUGCUGCCUGGCCCUAGGUGGGGUCCCUGCUCUGUGAUGCAGGUCCAAGUGGCCUGGCCCUCAAGCAGCCAUCUGUCCACUUCCCACUCCUAGAAGGUGCCGAGAGCCCCUGAGAUGCUGGUAGCGAGUGUCUCACUGUCUGGCAGAACCCCUGGUUCCCAGUGUCUCUGACUCUCCCUUCCCAGCACCCCACCCUUAGCACUUAGCCUUAGCGCCAUCGCUUUCCUGUUUUCUUCAGCUUCGAGCCAGGAAUUCCGUUUUCGCUUUCUGCCGUUUCACCUGUGGCACUGUCUCCCUGACAGCCCCGUGUUCCGGGGGCUGAGGUGUACCACGGGCCCUUAGAGCUUGAACCCUGGCGAUGUUACUGUCCACAUGGCCAAGAUGGAGCCCAGGCCUCCCUCUGCCAUUCGCAUAGGUCACCGUGGGGAGUUCAGGAAUCUGCACUAGGCCAGGCAUCGCGGGUGUGAGUUGGUGGGAUGGAAGGGAGGAGGGCCCGUUAAAGUGGGCCCCCCCACCCUAUCCAUAGCGAUUCAGAUUGAGGUGACUUUCUCGUAGGCAUCCUCCCCAUGGCACCUUCUAUCCUUUAAGAAUCCUCAGAGCAAGAGGCUAGUCCUGCGAGCAGUGCCGUGCCUGAGUGCCACAUGCACGAUUCCCUGUGCGAGUCUAGUCGUGGAGGUGGAGGCCAGCUAGGGACGCCCCUGCCUCUCCACAUCUGUGCUCUGAGGAAGCCUCCGAUGCCAGCUCGUGAGAAACUUGGGCCCCUUGGCAGGGUGUGGGGGGGGGGGCGACUGAAAAUGCUGUUUGUCACAGGGAUUUGCACUACCCGCUUUCUCGAGGGGCACAGGCAUGCCCUGGGUCCCCUCUGUUCGCUAAUGGCAGAGAGGACGCUGACCAUUUUGUGCAGGACCCCAGGCUGAAGCUUGGUGAGACCCCUUGCCCAAGCUGACAUCUCGUUUUUGUUUCAAGAGACUUGCAGCAUUUCAGACCCCAGGGCCUGGAGACCCUGUUGUUGGAGAGCCUUCCUAUUUUUGCCUCACAAAAAAACAAGCUGAAGGGCAUUGGGGAUGGAAGGAGCAAGCUCUUUGCCUUUGGCCAGAGUCCUAGCCAUGCCUCCACCCUCAUUCCCUACCUGUGAUCUCCAUAGACAUGCCCACAGGGCUGACAUUCUGAGUGACCAGCAUUUUAACUGACAGUUUGAGUUCAAUAGCCAUAGAGACCAGGUGGGAAGGCGGGGUCCCGACCCCCUGUUCUAGCCAGACACAUUGGAGUGUAAUUUACUCCAGACACUUUUCUUCCCUCAAAGCGCAGGUUCAGUUCCUAGGGUGCUAAGUAUUUAGCAGGACAGUGUGAAGAUGGGCCGUUUCCCUCAUCCAAGUGGCUGACGAGGUCACCCCAGGUAAUUGGCCCAGGGAUGUUCUCUCCUCCUCUGGUUUCAAAGAUGUGCAAAACAUGGUUUAAAAAACCAUGUCUGGGUCUUCCCUGGUGGCGCAGUUGUUGAGAGUCCGCCUGCCGAUGCAGGGGACACGGGUUCGUGCCCCGGUCCGGGAAGAUCCCACAUGCGGCGGAGCGGC